AAGGGUUUGAAUACGUCUACAGAGCCACGGAAACGAGGCUUACCAUUUCUAACACAGGAAUCAUUUUUGGGCUGGAGAUUUGAAUAACGUGAAGUUUCAAACAAGGAAAACUUACCCUUUUGCAUGAUUUUACUGACUCCAUAACUGCUGAGGGAAAAAGAGAACAACAAAAAGGAGAUUAGGUUUCACCCUUUUGCUAGUCUGUAUUUAAUCCCUUGCGAUCCUCAAAGAUUUUGCUUCUUUGUUUUUUCUUUUUUUGCAGCUUUAUACACAGUCAGGCAGCGUGCAGCAACUAUUGAAAUGUUCCCUCCUUCGCCUAUGAAAUUCCAUCACAACCCAAGAGAAAGCUUAAAGUCUGGAGAAGAUAGCGCCGGUUCAGAAUCAGCACUAAUUUCACUUGCAAGUAUAGGAGACAACAGUACCGCCACCGGCCAUCGCCUUCAGCCACCGCUUCCACCAGAAAUCCAGCCACAAAUGGAGAUGGCCAGUUCAAGUGACAAACCUGCGACAGGAGUUACACAGUUUCAACUAGAUGCCAAACUAGCCCCACCAAAGAGAAAGGGAGCUGGUUCUACUUCAGAUAAAGUAUUAGAUGCUAAGACGGUAAGACGUUUAGCUCAAAAUAGGGAAGCAGCAAAAAAGAGCAGGCUUAGAAAGAAGGCAUAUGUACAGCAGCUAGAAUCAAGUAGGAUCAGGCUGGCUCAGCUGGAGCAGGACCUUCAGAGGGCAAGGUCACAGGGAUUUAUUAUAGGAGGAGGAGCUGCUGGUGGGAACAUCAGUUCUGGUGCUGCAUUAUUUGACAUGGAGUAUGCAAGAUGGUUAGAUGAUGAACAUAGGCAUAUGUCUGAACUUCGAACCGCAUUGCAAGCACAUUUAUCAGAUGGUGAUCUUCGGGUUAUUGCAGAUAAAUACAUUGCACAUUAUGAUGAACUAUUUUGUCUUAAAGAAGUUGCUGUUGUAUCUGAUGUCAUUCACCUCUACACCGGGAUGUGGACUACGCCUGCUGAACGUUGUUUUCUGUGGAUGGGCGGGUUUCGUCCCUCUGACCUAAUUAAGAUGUUAGUAGCACAUUUAGACACGUUAACCGAGCACCAGGCUAUCGGGAUUUACAGCCUCCAACAAUCUUCACAGCAGGCAGAAGAGGCUCUUUCCCAGGGAUUGGAACAACUGCAACAAUCUUUAAUCAGUACCAUUGCCAAUGGUUCUGUUAAUGAUAGCAUGAAUCAAAUGGCUGUUGCAUUGGGCAAGCUGACCAGUCUUGAAGGUUUCGUGCGUCAGGCCGAUAAUUUAAGACAACAAACACUUCAUCAACUUCGACGCAUUUUGACAGUCCGGCAAACAGCACGAUGUUUCCUGGUUAUCAGCGAGUACUAUGGCCGACUACGGGCUCUAAGUUCUUUGUGGGCAUCUCGUCCAAGAGAGAACUUUAUUGCUGGUGAUAAUUCUUGCCAAACAAGUACGGAUUUGCAAAUGGUAUUGUCUUCUCGGAACCAGUUUUCAAACUUCUAAUCAUUAUCGUCCGAAUACUUGAUGGUUGAUUAUGUCAAUGACUUCUAGCUGCCUUGAGCAUUGAGGCUGUCCAGAGUACUCUAGAGGAGAGAGUUUUUUCUUGGAUAAUUUUGAUGUAGAUUUUAGUAGUUUUGUAACAAAAUGUUAUCUUGUAAAUAUAAAUCAUUUAGAAUCCGUUUGAUUGGAAUGAAUUCCAUAAAAAAUAUCAUAUCCGAGAAAUUUGUUUUC